AAGAAAAUGCCGUCAACAGCGUUGCAAUUGCAGUUGCAGCGACGACGUCAUCAGCGCCAUCAUCAUCAGCAACAUUUUUGGAUAACUCUGACAUUUGCAAUGCUUAUGGCCGCUAGUGGUAGCUCAGCCAGCGCGCAGACACCCGCUGCGCCGGGCGUGCAAAAGUUUCGCGUAACGCCGCACGAUCUUCAAAUACUCGAGGGUACGGACACACUGAUGCGCUGUGAGGUCUCCCAGCGAGCCGGAAAAGUGCAAUGGACCAAGGAUGGGUUUGCCCUGGGUUUCUCUGCGGUUAUCCCGGGUUUUCCACGCUACUCUGUGCUGGUGGAUGCCAAACAUGGGACAUACAAUUUGCAAAUCAAGAAUGCCACGCUCGAGGACGAUGCCGAGUACCAAUGCCAGGUGGGCCCAGCUAUUGGAAAUCCCGCCAUACGUGCCAACGCCAAACUAAGCAUUGUAGCUGCACCAAGCACCAUCGCUAUUGAGGGCUAUGCACGCAACGCUAAGGUCGAGGUUGUGGAACGACAGAACCUAACUCUGCAGUGCAUCACUGAAAACGCGAAUCCAGCAGCGGAAAUUGUCUGGUACCAGGGCGAAACGCCCGUUCAGCAGAUUCCUCUUGUGACUGUGAAUGAAACUUCCCCGAAACGCUUCCGCACCAUCUCAGUGUUGAAGUUACAGCCCCGAGCAGAAGACGACUACAAAGAGUUUUCCUGUGAGGCGCGCCACAAGGCACUGCCUCCGGAUGUUCCGAUGCGCGCGCAGGUGCAAUUGUCUGUCCUAUAUCCACCAGGUCCGCCCUUCUUCGAGGGCUACAGCCAGGGCGAGACAUUAAGGCGUGGACAGCAGCUGCAAAUCGCGUGUCGCAGUCGUGGCGGUAAUCCUCCUGCUCAGCUAGUUUGGUAUCGUAAUGGUGUUGCGAUUAACUCACCCCAACGUACCUCGGGUCGUCUCUCAGAGAACGUGUAUAAGUUCACGGCCACGACAGCGGACAACGGUGCUAAUUUAGUGUGCGAGGCAAAGAAUUUGUUGUCUACAACGCCUCUGCGAGCUGAACUGAAUCUUACGGUCCUUUAUGCGCCCAAAGACGUUUAUUUGAGCGGCAGCACUGAAGCCAAAGUAGGCGACACUGUUCAAUUAAAUUGUAUGACGGCCCAGUCUAAUCCACCAGCACGCAUUAAUUGGUCUAUGAACGGUCGUCCCUUGACAAAUAGCAGUUUCAAGACAGCAAUCAGUUCGGAGGGUGGCUGGAUUAGCAGUUCAAACAUUAGUGUGAGCAUCGAUUCGCAAAGUCGCACCUUUGUGGCCGUCUGCCAUGCCCUAAAUGCAGAGCUAACACAAAAUGUGGUGGGAUCCCAUACAGUGAAUGUUUUGUAUCCACCAUCGCCACCUUUGCUUACCGGCUACAACGAUGGAGACAUUCUCAUCUCUGGCUCCAUCAUGAAACUGCAGUGCAGCUCCACUGGCGGCAACCCCCCACCCAUGCUCCAAUGGUACAAGAAUGAUAAACGUAUCAAUUCUGCUAAUAAAGUGACAGACAGCAAGAUCAGCUCAGAGCUAUCGAUACUGAUCAAUGCUUCGGACAAUAAUGCCAUAUAUAAGUGCGAGGUUCAGAAUUCAGCCAUCGACAUACCACUCUUUGCCACCAAGACCCUGAGCGUACAUUUUCCGCCUGAAACGGUGAAAAUCAGCGUCGUACCUAAAAACCUUGUGCCUGGCAUACGUGCCAAACUUAUUUGCGAUUCGAGUUCAAGCAACCCACCAGCAAAAAUCAGCUGGUGGAAGGAUGGCAUACCAGUGGAGGGUCUUAAUUUAGCCAAUAAGCCGGGACUGUGGGGUGGCUCGGUCUCAACUCUGGAGAUGCUAGUGAAUAUAACGCAAGAUCUGGAUGGCAUUAUCUACACCUGCCAGAGUCACAACGAAAUUCUUCAACGAAGCGUGCAUGAAACCAUUAGCCUCGACAUACUCUAUCCUCCCAAAUUCGAUGCUGGCCAAGUCACGAGCUUUGUGGGCGUUGAAGGUGCGCCUUUGCAAGUCGAACUACAUGCUAAUGGCAAUCCAAUGGCAAUUAGUUACACUUGGACAAAAGACGGGCUCUCCAUUGGCAGCAGUUCGGUAAUAGGUCAACGUUUGAUCUCCGAUGGUCCACGGCUUAACAUUAGUCGGCUUAGUCGCAACGAUGCAGGUGUCUAUGUUUGCGAGGCGAUAAAUACGCAAGGCACCGCACUAAUGGAAGUGCAAGUGAUUGUCGAAUAUCCACCCACCAUUACAGCGGUCAGUGAGGGUCAGAGUUUUGUGGCCGGCGAACAGGCUGUCUUGGCCUGUCACAUACAAGCACGUCCGCUUGAAGCCGCGCAUGUGCAUUGGUCACGCAACGGCUACGAACUGUCGGCACGCACCACAACGAGUUUCGAGAACGGGACGGCCUAUCUGCACAUUGAAAACGUGCAGCGGGGCGACAUUGGCAACUUUACCUGCAGUGUGGACAACCAACGGGGUCCGGCAGCUGCCCACAAUGUGCUCUUGGUGGUGCAAACUUCUCCGGAGAUUGAGCAUUCACCUGCCUUUGUACGCUUUGCCGCACGCUUGGGUGUGCGGGCUCAGCUCAUUUGCCGCGCUCUGGCAUCGCCACAGCCAAACUUUAUUUGGCGCCGCCACGGCAAGGAUUUGAAGAUGCAGCGACGCAACAAAUUCAAGGCCAUCGAACGGCAGGUGGAUCCAUUGCACUACGAGUCGGCAUUGCUGGUGGAGAAUACCUCACCCGACGACUACGGUCAAUACGAGUGCGUGGUGCGGAAUAGUUUGGGUCAGGCCAGCACCACCCUGGAGUUCAGCAAACCCACUCGUCCCGAUGCUCCCUUGCAGCUGCACGUGGGUAAUGUUACUGAUAAUGGCAGUGUAGAGCUGCUGUGGACGCCUGGUUUCGAUGGGGGUAUGCAGGUUUACUAUCGCGUGCGUUUCAAGCUGCAGGGUGAGGAGAAGUACAAGUAUGUGGAUGCCAAGCCGGGGAGUCAGAAUGUGACAUUGGAUGGUCUCAAGCCGGGAGCCACUUAUUACUAUUCAGUGAUGGCGGCCAACGAGGCCGGGGGUAGCAAAUUCUUGCCCGACAUUAAGCUAACACUGGCCAAGGGCUCACAACCUCUGUCGGCGGAGUAUACGGAAAAGGAUGAGCUGCCCAAUGUGAUGAUUAUUGGAAUUACUUCGGCAGCAAUGGUGCUACUUGUGUUGAAUGCCGCCCUGGUAGCCUGGUUUGUCAUACGCCGACAGAAUAAGACCCAAGGCGAUACAGAGCCCAGCGCUGAUGAUGCCUAUUCCAAGGAUGACAAUCAGUCUGUCUAUAAGCUGCCAAUCACUGCUUUACAGGCGGAUGUUCAAAAAAAGGCGGCCGCCUCAACAUAUCUGGUGGAAAACGUCGACAUCAUACAAUCCACAGCGUAUCCACCCAAAUACCAGGAGAGCUCCAUGUGCACGCCACCCUAUCCGCUCUGUAAUCCAGACUUUACGCGUACUCUGCCCAAUCCAAAGCGACACAGUCAGCGCAAUAGCGCCACGGGCAUGAUCGAAGGUCUGCCGAUGCGCGCCAAGGACGAUCAUAUGCUCAUCUCAAACGGGUUGUACAUACCAUCACCAUCGCCUGCAUCGUCGCUGGUCAUUAAAGGCAGUUACAUAUCAUCGCCUUCGCCGGCGCCGCCUGCAGAUGGCUCGUAUUUCAAUAUGAGUGACAAGUACAUGUCUUAUCCGCCAGUGACAUACUAAGGCGUCGCUUUCAAAUGCUAUAUGUCUUGGAAGCGAAACAAAACACCAGCCAAACCCAGCUAGACUGAUUGACACACCAACAGCAGCAACAACAAAAACAGACAACAGACGCAACAACAGCAACAGCAACAACAAAGAUUGCAGUUCAAUCAAUUAAGAAGCAUUGCAUGUUCGAUUUGUUGUUGUGUUGUGCUGUGCUGUGCGUCGUCAUAUUUUAUUUUUUGUAUACUCUUUUGUUUUAUGUUUAUAAUUAUUAUGACUAUUAUGACGUUAAUGAUUAUGGAGCGCAAAUGGAGAAAACAUGUUGAAUGUUUUUUGAGAAAAGACAUUUGCAUGCUGCGCUCAAAGGCUGUGAUAAGUACCUGCGCCUCAACAGCCGCUGGCGUGCGGCAUGCAUUGCACAAACACACACACACACACACACAUACUUGGAUACUCAGCACGCACGUCACACUGCGGCCCAGACAUCGACAUCGACAACGACAUCAACAACAACAUCAAUCAAUGCAAAUGGCCGCCACAGUUCGCCUCAGGUGCAGGUGCACUCUCUUCUAACCCCCUCCUCCUCCACCAACCACCCUCUCUGAGACUACGAAAUACGCUCCGAUCCACAACAAUACCAAUGAACACAACAACAACAAGUAGCCGCAACCGCAGCCACAGCGUUCGUAGAUUACAACACAAAAUCGAAAACAACAACAAGCUGACGAUGCAGCAACAAAAAGCAGAAACAACCACACACUCAAUUCUAAUUUGUAGGCAUUUUUUCUAUGUUAAGUAGUAGCAAUUACGAUUUUUAGAAUUUAGCAUAAAUAUUAACGAGUUCGAACUCAUUCUCAUUAGCAGUUGUUCAAGUUUAAGAUCUACAAGUAGAAUACUAUACUUAUAUACACAGAU